UCUGCCCGGACACUGAUGACAACUGUCCUGUUCGCACCCCCAUUGGGUGCGGAGAUCCCGGAGAACCAAUCAGCGUCGCCGCGGUCACGGGUUAUAAAGUCCACGCAGCCUGUGGAACUCAGACGCACCAGAUCCGAGAUGGGGGCGAUGGCUCCGCGCGCGCUGCUCCUGCUGCUGGCGGCCGCCCUGGCCCCGACCCGGACCCGCGCGGGCUCGCACUCCAUGCGGUAUUUCGACACCAUCGAGUCACGGCCCGGCCUCGGGGAGCCCCGGUUCAUCGCCGUUGGCUACGUGGACGACACGCAGUUCGCGCGCUUCGACAGCGACACGGAGACUCCGAGGAUGGAGCCGCGGGCGCCGUGGGUGGAGCGGGAGGGGCCGGAGUAUUGGGAGGAGGAGACACGGAGAGCCAAGAUCACCGAGCAGACUUUCGGAGGGAGGCUGAGGACCCUGCUCAGCUACUACAACCAGAGCGAGGGCGGCUCUCACACCUACCAGUGGAUGUACGGCUGUGAUGUGGGGUCGGACCGGCGCCUCCUCCGCGGGUACAGUCAGGACGCCUACGACGGCCGCGAUUACCUCGCCCUGAACGACGACCUGAGGACGUGGACGGCGGCGGACACGGCGGCGCAGAUCACCCGGCGCAAGUGGGAGCAGGCUGGUGAGGCAGAGAGACUGAGGGCCUACCUGGAGGGCAAGUGCGUGGAGUCACUGUGCAGAUACCUGGAGAACGGGAAGGACGCGCUGCAGCGCACAGAUCCCCCAAAGGCACAUGUGAUUCAUCACCCCACACUGAAAGGAGACGGCACCCUGAGGUGCUGGGCCCUGGGCUUCUACCCUGCUGAGAUCUCCAUGACCUGGCAGAGGGAUGGGGAGGAACAGACUCAGGACAUGGAGUUGGUGGAGACCAGACCUUCUGGGGAUGGAACCUUCCAGAAGUGGGCAGCUGUGGUGGUGCCUUCUGGGGAGGAGCAGAGAUACACAUGCCAUGUGCACCAUGAGGGGCUGACACAACCCCUCACCCUGAGAUGGGAGCCUCCUCAGUCCACUGUCCACAUCUGGGCAAUCAUUGCUGGUGUAGCUGGGAUCAUUGGAGCUGUGGUGGCUGUUGUGUGGUGGAGGAGGAGAAACACAGGUGAAAGAGGAGGGAACUAUACUCCAGCUUCAGGCAGGGACAGUGCCCAGAGCUCUGAUGUGUCUCUCCCAGGCUGUGAAGGUGACACUCUGGGGACUGAUUUGCGUGAAGACAGCUGCCCAACCUGACAGAGUGACAGAGAUGUGCUCAGGUCUCUCCUGUGACGUCCUGAGCCCCUCAGUUCACUCUCAGCAACAGUGUCUGAUGUUCCCUGUGACCCUGUGGGCUCAAUGUGAAGACCUGGGGAGCCCGGCACCCCCUGCACAGCAGGACCCUGUCCCUGCACUGCCUGUGUUCCCUUCCACAGCCAACCUUCCUGGUCCAGCAGGCAGGAGGGGACAUCUCCAUCCUGUCACCUCCAUGCUGCCCUGAGAUGCAGCCCCUGACUCCCCACUGAAAAUAAGAAUCUGAAUGUGAACUUGAUGUUCACGUCCUUGAUCUGACAGGUGGAUUGAUGAAUAAAUUAAAUGAUUGAAAUACUUAGAGCUUGUGGAUGAAAUAAAUGGCAGCAUGGAGAACCUUCC